ACCAAGGAAGCUUGUUAUUAGCCGAACUGCUGCCUGCUAGCUCUUGUUCUGUUUCCUAACACCCGGACUAAACGGUCACCCGGUUGAGUUUUGUAACCGGGACAAAUGGAUGUCGGAGAGCUCCUCAACUACCAGCCUGAUAGAGGAGCAAAGCGUCUCAGGCAGGAAGAUGGAGGAGCAGCAGGAGGAGAUGACUCCCGAGGAGGGAAACAGCAGAAAGGACAGAGUGCCAGAUACAGAGACGUCACAACAGGAGGUGGGAUGGAAGCAGGGAUGGACACUGAUGAGCUGACUGGGGACAAGAAGAAGAUCCUGGAGAAGCUGAUGGACCGGGAUGAAGAUGAACCUGAGGCAGAGCUGGUGGAUGAGAGUUCGGUGAAGAAAAUGAUCCUGACCUUUGAGAAAAGAUCAUACAAAAAUCAGGAACUGAGGAUUAAGUUUCCAGACAAUCCAGAGAAGUUCAUGGAAACUGAGCUGGAUCUAAACGACAUUAUACAGGAAAUGCACGUGAUCGCUACGAUGCCAGAUCUCUACCACCUGCUGGUGGAGCUGAAUUCCGUCCACUCGCUGCUCAGCCUCCUCAGUCACGAAAACACUGAUGUUGCCAUAGCUGUGGUGGACCUGCUGCAGGAGCUGACGGACAUCGACACGCUCCAAGAGAGCGAGGAGGGGGCUGAGGUGCUCAUAGAUGCUCUGCUGGAGGGUCAGGUGGUGGCCUUGCUGGUGCAAAAUAUGGAGCGACUGGAUGAGCAGGUGAAAGAGGAGGCUGACGGCAUCUACAACACACUCGCGAUCGUAGAAAAUAUGGCGGAGUUCAGACCAGGUCUGUGUGCAGAGGCCGCGCAGCAGGGACUCAUGCAGUGGCUGCUCAAGAGAAUCAAGGCAAAGAUACCGUUUGAUGCUAACAAGCUGUACUGCAGUGAAAUCCUGGCCAUCCUGCUGCAAAACAACGACAAUACCAGAGAACUACUGGGUGAGAUGGAUGGCAUUGAUGUGCUGCUGCAGCAACUAUCUGUGUUCAAACGUCACAACCCUUCCACUGCAGAGGAGCAGGAGAUGAUGGAGAACCUCUUCGACGCUCUGUGUUCCUGCCUCAUGCUUUCCUCCAAUCGGGACCGCUUCCUCAAAGGGGAAGGGCUUCAGCUAAUGAACCUCAUGCUUAGAGAAAAGAAAAUGUCUCGAACCAGUGGUCUGAAGGUGCUGGACCACGGGAUGAUUGGACCAGAGGGAGCGGAUAACUGCCAUAAAUUUGUGGACAUCCUGGGCUUGCGAACUAUCUUUCCAAUCUUCAUGAAAACCCCGAAGAAGUUGAAAAAAACUGGAGCAUCAGAGAAGGAGCAUGAAGAACAUGUGAGCUCCAUCAUCGCCUCCAUGCUGCGAAAUCUCAAGUCCCAACAGAGAAGCCGACUCCUCACUAAGUUCACAGAGAAUGACUGUGAGAAGGUUGAUCGCCUGAUGGAGUUGCAUUUUAAGUACCUGGAAGCUGUUCAACAGGCUGACAAGAGGAUCGAAGGAGAGAAACAUGAGAUGGUUCGUCGUGGGGAGAUCUUGGAUGACAGCAGCGAGGAUGAGUUCUACCUUCGCCGCCUGGAUGCCGGACAAUUCGUCCUCCAGUUGAUCUGCUACAUUAUGGUGGAGAUAAGCAACUCUGGGAUCGCACAGCUGCAGCAGAGAGUUCAUCAAAUCCUCAACCUGAGAGGAGGCUCUGUUAAAGUAGUACGCCACAUAAUGAGAGAGUACGCAGAGAGCAUCGGAGAUGGGAAGAGUGACGAGUUCAAAGAAGCCGAGCGGAAGAGGAUCAUGGAUCUCGUCGAAGGCUUCUAAUCUCACUUUUUCUAUCUUACGCAUACACAAACAAAUCUGUUCUUUCUCAUGAGAACACCGAAACGCCCUCCGGUUCGUAUCUGGGACCAGAUUGGACUGUAACCUCGAUCCAGUCGUCCGAUUUUCUGUAACAUUAUGAAGAUAAAGUCACUGAGGAUAUUUACAUGCACAAAUUUACUGCCAAGUAGCUGUCUGCCACAAUCAUUGUAAUGUCAUUUUCUUAUUUUUAUUUAUUCAUUUUUAAAGGAAUUUAAUAACAUCAGUCAACCUUGCCUAAAUCUUUCACAUCCGGUUUGGGGGAAAAAAGUAAGAGAAAUUCCAAAAAACAAGAAAUUCAUUAGUAGAUGUUUUAUUUAUCCUGAUUAGAAUCAUGGUUAAAAUCCAGUGACGAGCGUGCAUGUAAAUGUUCUUAUCCAAAAGCAGUAGGAAUUAAGAAUAUAAUAGAUUGACCGAAACACACAACCAACACGAGACAUACUCAGAGCUGCAGAUUCCGUUCAGUGGUGUUGGAUAAUAAUACACAUUCCUCUCACUUUACCUGGUUUGUUUGUUUUUGAAUUUUGUGUGUAAAAUAUUUUCUAAUAAAACAUUUGGUAGUAAAUUCCUGAUUG